AUGGAAAUGGACAGAUUGAACUACGACAUGCUUGAGAACGAGAGCAUCGCAUCUGAGUCGCAUUCUAUGGACACUCCAGCCAGCCUCGGCUACGCAUGUGCUCAAUUCGACUCCGCCACCGAAGCCACCGAGGCCAUGCUCAAUACGGACAACCACCAGGAAGGCCUCUCACCAGAGGUGCAGCUGCGCAAAGACAACCGUCGAGGCUUCCGAAGCCACAUUCGAGGCAUCUGCGAGUUACUGAGAUCCGCGAAUCAUACAACGCACCUUGACGUCGUCGCGCUUGCAUCAUCUUGGGAGACCGAAAUUUGGGCUUCGUCGCUCGAGCACGGAGACUGCAACACUUCAUAUAACGAGGAUAUCGAUGAGGCACUGGAAGACUUGGAUGAUUGGAGAACGUACUGGAAUUCGUCUGAAGGCGACCCUGAAGGCGGUCGAACCGGUCGGCAGCUCUUCCUCGACCACGUUCAACAGCUUCAGGCGCACAGCGCUGCGUCUGAUGGGCAGACUGAACCGCCGACAGGAGUCAAAGCAUCGGCGGAGCCCUCCCAUUCUCACGAAGAUGGUGAAGAUGCUUGUUCCUCCAUGGAGACCAACAAUAGUGAUGGUGGCGUCGACGUUGGCUCAGACGAUGAGUCCGAGGAUGACCAGACUGAGACGCAGUACGUCCCUGACGACACAUCUGAAGAUCAUGACCUUGAUUCAGAUACUGCCGACGAGCUUUGGGAUUUAGCUGGGGGUAACGAAGAACUAUCAGAUGAUUCUACAGACGACGCUGAAGAUGACGAACCAUCUGAUGAGCCUGACGAAAGGGACGGUUCCGAAAUCAUAUCGCGUCGCUCGCCACAACCUUAUGAAAGCGAUGAGGAGGAUGAAAGCGAAAACACCAUAGACGGUGUCAGUUCUCACCCUAGUUCUCCCGUCGCAACAUCUCCGUUAGCAUCGGCUUUCGCUUUCACCUUCAAGCCUUCUCAAUGCAGCGUCGCUGUACCUACCAUCUCGUCCGGCUUCGACCCUGAAAAUUGGACUGGAGCAUUCGAUUUUACGGCCCCCCUAGGCGACAACAUGGCCGUCAAUGCGUCUCUAUUGGCUGUUUAUGAUAUCGCCAGUCAGACUUCAGAGCCUCAAGACCUCAAGGAUCUUGAGCAGAUCGACACAGUUGCCGCCGACAAUAGCUUGAAGCCUACCUCUUCUUCCCCCGUUGACGACGACGUCGUUGUCAGGAUCGGUCAAGAGCACGCAGUGCAGGAAGCCCCCCUGGCCGCUCCAAAGGAGCAUGAGACGAAAAGGCCGCAAAAGGCCGUCUCGGAAGACUGCUCUGGUAGGAUCAGAGAGCUGACUGCCGCCAUCAAUGCAUGCGAGGCCGAAUGGCUGAACGCAAAUGCAGGCAACUGCGCUCCUUCCGCUUUCGUCGAACUCGCCAGAAACCUCGAUAGCAUUGGUGCCAAAAUCACUAAUGAGGGUGAUUUCUCUUCCCUGUCGGCAUUGAGCGAGAUCGAGGCGUUGUUCGCGAAAUGGCAAGCUUUUGUCGACACCAUGAAAGCCUUCAUCGGCAUCAAAGAGUACUUCCAUCCCGACAACGACUUCUGCUUCAAUCGACUUGUCAUACUAUAUCGCUCAGAUGUCGAAAUGAUCCCCGUGUACGAAACCAUGAGUCGCAUGCCAGGCGCUCAGGAAUACUGGCUGGGUGAAGCAAACAAGCGACGAGAGAGCAGAGAUGUCAAUCUGAAGAGCAUCAACAAUGAGAUUGCAAAGAUGUUUGGUCUCCGCCAAGCCUACCGCCACGAGCUUGAGAUGCUGAACGGGCAAGUAGACGACAAGGCGUUCAAGGAGUUUGGCAAGAUGACCCUUAAUUUGGUUCACGAGCGCAUAUUGGAGGUAAAUGCGGCUUUAGGCCUGGAAGACUUGUAG